AAAGUUCUUCUUCAGAUCAGCUCUUGUUGUACGACAAUUAUUACAGAAUAACGGAAAUCAUCUGGUGACUGGUCUUCAAUUACUUCAGCGUUCUUUGUUUUUUAGCUUUGAAGAGCUCUGUAGUCGGAUCGCACUUGCUCACAAUGGAGCGGUUCUAGGGUUUCCCCUAACCCGCCUGUUCUGAACACAAUUUCUGUGGAGAGAAUUUGGUAAAAUGUCUCGACAAAUCACCUCUACAGCUUUCCACAAAUCCAAGACACUUGACAACAAAUACAUGCUUGGAGAUGAGAUUGGGAAAGGAGCAUACGGCCGAGUAUAUAAAGGUUUGGAUUUAGAGAAUGGGGACUUUGUUGCAAUUAAGCAAGUAUCGUUGGAAAAUAUCGCUCAGGAGGAUCUCAACAUUAUUAUGCAAGAGAUUGAUUUGCUGAAGAAUUUGAACCACAAGAAUAUUGUCAAAUAUCUAGGAUCCUUAAAGGCAAAGACUCAUCUUUUCAUAAUUCUUGAGUAUGUGGAGAAUGGUUCACUGGCUAAUAUUAUCAAACCCAACAAGUUUGGACCAUUUCCAGAGUCUUUGGUUGCUCACUUCAUUUCUCAGGUACUGGAGGGAUUGGUAUAUCUACACGAGCAAGGUGUAAUUCAUAGGGAUAUCAAAGGUGCAAAUAUAUUGACAACAAAAGAGGGUCUUGUGAAACUUGCAGAUUUUGGCGUUGCGACAAAGUUAACUGAAGCGGAUGUGAAUACUCAUUCAGUUGUUGGAACACCAUAUUGGAUGGCCCCUGAGGUGAUUGAAUUGUCCGGAGUUUGUGCUGCAUCUGACAUCUGGAGUGUAGGCUGCACUGUUAUUGAGCUUCUUACAUGUGUACCCCCAUAUUAUGAUCUCCAGCCCAUGCCUGCUCUCUUUAGGAUUGUCCAGGAUGAGCAUCCACCAAUUCCUGAUAGUCUUUCUCCUGCAAUUACUGAUUUCUUGCGGCAAUGCUUCCAAAAGGAUGCUAGGCAAAGGCCCGAUGCGAAGACUUUACUUUCACACCCUUGGUUGCAGAACUCGAGGCGUGCUUUGCAGUCCUCUCUUCGUCAUAGUGGAACACUAAGAAAUAUAGAGGAAGAUGAGUCAGUAGAUGUGGAAUUAUCAAAUCACAGCACCGCUGAGAGCACUUCUACUGACAAUGCAAAGGAUCCUGAGUUAGUGUUGCCUUCUAUGCGGGCUGCUGAGGUUAACAAUUUGGUUGAAACAGCAUUUUCUUGCGGUGACCAUGUUAAGGGAAAAGUAGAUAACAUUCAAGAUGAUGUUAUGUCAGAUCAAGUUCCCACUCUAGCUAUUCAUGAGAAAUCUCCUCUACAGAGCGGCUCUAUUAGUUUUGCUGGUAAUCAUGAGGCGAUUCCUUCAAGUUCAACAGAUUUUCAUGAGCAAGAAAAUGUGUAUCAAAAUGCCAACCCAGAUCCCUCUGAAUCUAGGGCAGAAAAUGGAGGAUCGAAAAAAGUUGAGGAAAGGUGGCAUGCUUUGCAUGUUGAUCAUGGAUCAUUUGGUUUUAAACCAAAUAACCAUGGUCAUAACUCUCAAAAGGCAAUGAAGGUGUUGGUGAACUCCGGAGGCAAUGAAUUGAGCAGAUUUAGUGACCCUCCCGCCGAUGCCUCAUUGGAUGAUUUAUUUCAUCCCCUAGAGAAAACUCUGGAGAAUCAGGCUGCUGAAGCAUCUUCUGCAUUCUCUUCACAUAUGAAUCAAGGCAACACAUUCCCUGACUCUGGGAAAAACAACCUGGCUACGAAAUUACGAGCUACAAUUGCUCAAAAGAAAAUGGAGAACGAAUCGGGACAAGGAAAUGGUGGAGAUUUACUUCGUCUUGUGAUGGGUGCUGUGAAGGAAGAUGUAAUUGACAUAGAUGGUUUGGGAUUUGACGAUAAAUUGCUUGCAGAAAAUCUGUUUCAUCUUCAGGCUGUCGAAUUUAGCAAGCUAGUCUCGUCUUUAAGACCAGAUGAACCAGACGACAUUAUUGUGUCAGCAUGUCGGAAGUUGAUGGUUUUCUUUCAUCAGCGGCCCGAGCAGAUAGUUGUUUUUGUAACUCAGCAUGGCUUGCUUCCUCUUAUGGAAUUAUUAGAGGUUCCCAGAAUUCGUGUCAUAUGCUCAGUAUUGCAAGUUUUAAACCUGAUAAUAAAAGACAAUACAGACUUCCAAGAAAAUGCCUGUCUUCUGGGCCUUAUUCCUGUUGUGAUGAGCUUUGCUGCACCUGAUCGUCCACGGGAAAUUCGCAUAGAAGCAGCAUAUUUUUUUCAGCAACUUUGUCAAUCGAGCUCUUUGACUCUGCAAAUGUUUAUUGCUAAUCGGGGCAUACCUGUUCUUGUUGGCUUUCUAGAGGCUGAUUAUGCAAAAUACAGGGAAAUGGUGCAUAUGGCUAUCGAUGGCAUGUGGCAGGUAUUUAAGCUCCAACGCUCCACACCUAGAAAUGAUUUCUGUCGUAUAGCUGCAAAAAAUGGGAUAUUGCUCAGGCUCAUAAACACACUUUAUAGUUUGAAUGAGGCGGCUCGUCUAGCUUCAGCAGCUGGAGGUGGGUUGCCAGCAGAUGGCAUAAUUGCACGACCACGUUCUGGUCUUCUAGAUCCUAGCAAUUCCUCUUUUAUGCAGAACGAUGCAUCAACUUAUGGAGUCGAUCAGCCAGAUUUACUUAAAGUUAAGCAUGGAGAUCAUGUUCCGUCUGCCAGUGUGCAAGAACCUUCACGCACACCAUCUUCACAGUCACCAGACUCCAGACUCUUUUCUUUGGAUAGUGAUAGGUUUGCAACAGCAGAAGCUUCAGGUUCUUCGAAACUGCCUGAUGUAGCAUCCAAGGAUCCUGCACCAAGAGAUCGGGAAAGUGGAGACCGGUUUAAAAGUGAUGUUUCUCAGGCUGAGAUUGAACUUAGGCAGCAAAGAGUUGCCACUGCAAACAGAACAUCCACGGACAGGCCUCCAAAAUUUUCAGAAGGGACACAAAAUGGAGUUUCAGCUACAACAGCUGCUCAGCAAGAUAAUGUUCGACCCCUUCUUAGUUUGUUGGAGAAGGAACCCCCAUCUCGCCAUUAUUCUGGUCAGCUUGAGUAUGUUCGCCAUCUCACUGGGUUGGAGAAACAUGACAGCAUCCUUCCUCUACUUCAUGCAUCUACUAAUGAUAAGAAAACAAAUGGCUUGGAUUUCUUGAUGGCUGAGUUUGCAGAGGUUUCUUUACGUGCAAGAGAAAAUGCUAACAUAGAGUCAUUACCUAAAAGUACACAAAAAGCUGCAAGUAAGAAGGUAGGUCUGGUGGCUUCUACCGAGGGAACUGCAUCCACGUCUGGAUUUGCAUCUCAAACUGCAUCUGGUGUGUUAUCUGGUUCAGGAGUUCUAAAUGCUAGACCAGGGAGUGCAACAUCUUCUGGAUUACUUUCACAUAUGGUGUCACCAUGGAAUGCUGACAUCGCUAGAGAAUAUUUGGAGAAGCUUUUACUUGAAUUUGCUGCUGCAGAUGCAACAGUAAAAUCCUACAUGUGUAGUCAAAGUUUGCUUAGCCGUCUUUUUCAGAUGUUCAAUAAAAUAGAGCCUCCUAUUCUUUUGAAGUUGUUGAAGUGUAUCAAUCACCUUUCAACAGACCCACACUGCUUAGAACAUCUUCAGAGAGCAGAUGCAAUCAAAUAUCUGAUUCCCAAUCUUGACCUCAAAGAGGGACCCCUUGUUUCCCAAAUCCAUCAUGAGGUUCUCAAUGCAUUAUUCAACCUCUGCAAGAUCAAUAAGAGGAGACAAGAACAGGCAGCAGAAAAUGGAAUUAUCCCACAUUUGAUGCAUAUUAUAAUGUCUGGAUCUCCAUUGAAACAAUAUGCAUUGCCUCUUUUAUGUGAUAUGGCUCAUGCAUCACGCAAUUCUAGAGAACAGCUAAGAGCACAUGGUGGAUUGGACGUGUACCUGAGCCUUCUGGAAGAUGAGCUCUGGUCUGUUACUGCAUUAGAUUCCAUUGCUGUUUGUUUAGCACACGACAAUGACAGCAGGAAACUGGAACAAGCAUUACUUAAAAAGGAUGCUAUACAGAAACUGGUUAAGUUCUUUCAGUGCUGUCCAGAACAGUAUUUUCUGCAUAUAUUGGAGCCUUUUUUAAAGAUUAUCACCAAAUCAUCACGAAUAAAUACCACACUGGCUGUCAAUGGUUUGACCCCAUUGUUAAUUUCUAGACUUGAUCAUCAGGAUGCUAUAGCUCGUCUCAAUCUUCUAAAAUUAAUAAAGGCUGUAUACGAGCACCACCCACGUCCUAAGCAACUAAUAGUGGAGAAUGAUCUUCCUCAAAAGCUUCAGAAUCUCAUCGAAGAGCGCAGAGACGGACAAAGUUCAGGUGGCCAGGUUUUAGUGAAGCAAAUGGCUACUUCACUUCUUAAAGCUCUUCACAUCAAUACCGUUCUAUGAAACAAAUAAAUGCAUAAAACGGUUUGUUUAAUUGCUCUGCAGCUGUAUAGUUUGUUUGAUGCCUCUUCACCUUGUAAUUAUUAGCUUUAAUUGUAGCAGUCUGCGACUUGUUUUUUCGAAACACUACAAGGGUUGAUUGAAAUUUGUUUCAGCAUUGUGUUGCCACGGAAGUCAUUUUAAACUUUCGUAAGUGGUUUCAAAGUAUGAACAUUCAUAUAAAGCUGAGUUUUAGUGAAAAAACUGAGGUUGACUGA